AUCGCCCUGACACCACACGGCUAACAUGAAGCUCCUUCUGAUCACGUCCGUGGUCUGCUUCGCGGCAGCUCUAGCAGCGCCUGCUGAUAAGCAGAAGAGGGAAAUCUUGCCGGGCGAUCCGCGCUACGGAACCGACUAUCAUCAUCAUCAUCAUCAUCAUCAUAACGACCACGACAACGAAGUACAGAUCUCGAAAGCCGCCGGCGGCUACGUAGGUUCUAUCACAGUUCCGGAUGAGACAGAAGGCCACUCGCAACCUCAUACGUCCUAUGGACCGCCCAACUAUAAUCCCGGCAAGCCCUUAGGCUCCGAUUAUGCUACGUCAAGCGACAAAAAUACUGCCGUCCAGGUGCCAGCCACCUCUUACGGAAUACCCGACCUUCAGCUUAACACCCUCGAACCAGGAGUUGAAAAAAAAUCGAGUGCAGUUGUCCAGACCAACUUGAACGCCGAUUAUCAAGCACCAUCUGUCGAAGCGCCUAUCACUUCUUACGGCGUUAAGCACGAGGAACCUGUUGAGCCACAGACUUCGUACAGAACCGGGGUGAAGACCGUCUAUGAGCAUCCUCCAGUCGAAUCUGUGCAGGAAAAGGCUGUUCCUGAAGUCCAUCACGAAGUUCACCACGUGCCGCAAGUGAAGACAACAACGCUACCCAUCGAGACUCAAGGAGACCACCACAGCGUAAGCAGCCUGCCUUCCUACACCUCUUCCAUCAAUAGUUUCCCUAACUACUUCUACUCCUCGUAUCCCUCGUAUCCCUCGUAUUCCUCGUACAGCAACAUACCGGUGAGGACCGUGGACCACAACGUUCAAGUGCAAGUACCCCAACCGUACCCGGUACCAGUAACCAAACACGUAUCGUACCCAGUUCCCGUUCCGCACCCAGUCGAAGUACCCAAACCCUACUACGUCCGUGUGGCCCAGCCUGUUCCGGUGACUGUGAAUCGUCCUUACGCCGUAGAAGUGCCCCGUGCGGUGCCGUAUCCCGUUCCCCAUUACGUCAGAAGCAACGUUCCGGUUGUACAACACCAGCCGAUUGUACAGCACCAGCCGAUUGUACAGCACCAGCCGGUUGUACAGCACCAGCCGGUUGUACAGCACGUAACCACGGUGGACGCCAUUAAGGCGAGCAAUCCGAUCGAGGGCUUCUUCGAGAACGCCCAGACGACGUUCCAAAACGUGGUCGGUAACCUGCCCUUCCAGAACGCAUUCGACGGCUUCCAAAAUCCCUUCCAGAACAUCCCAAAUCCCUUCCCAAACUUCCAACUGCCGAGUUUCCCUGGAUCGCUGUUUCCCUCGGCGACUCAGCCUUCAGCCCCAGCGAACAACAACGUUAACGUACCGGCAUCGACUCACACCGAUUCGAUCGCGGUCGACAAUCCGGUGCUGAAGACCGAGACCAUAAUUACGAAACCAGUUGUUCAUCACGCAAAGGUUCAAACGACACAAUUUAAACCCGCCACCACGUGCGCCGGCUGUAGCGUCAGCGCCACUCAGCACCACAUCAGCACCAAGCAGAAGGAACACUCUACCGACGCCAACGGUGGUUAUAAUUAUUAAAAUGUUUCUCUUGUAAUGAACGUUGUAAUGGAAUUUCUCAGUGAAAAUGCCGAACGAUUGCUCGACGUGAGAAUUUA